AUGGCCCAGGCUCCUGACUGUGAAGUGUCCUUCCCCACGCAGCAGGUGGUGAUCGAGUCGGACCUGUACACGCACCGGCCUCUGGAGCUGCUGCAGCAUCGCAGCGACCGCAGAGACGUGGGCGACAGCCUCAGGUUCAGCCGGCUGCAGAGCGCACGGCCGCCCGGAGCCCAUCCCGCCAAAACCCCCGCCAGACCUGGGGGGAUUUCUGAGCCCAAAGCAUCAAAUUUGUGUGGGAAUCGAGCAUAUGGAAAAUCUUUGAUUCCGCCAGUGCCCCGGAUCUUGGUGAAAGCUCCAGUGGCCACGGUGGAGGUGGCAGCCCCGGGCUCAGAGCGCGGAGCUGUGCUGACCAGAGG